GGUAUCGGUGUGACACAUUUAUCGACCAUAACUCUUCCUCCUUUUUACAUCUACGCACAUAGGAAUUCCCCCAUCAUCAAGACCCCAGCCAUGGCUCGAGCAAAAGCAAUUCUUGCGCCGAGACCCAAAGCGGCGACCAAGGCACCCACCGCCGUCUCGCAAAAUGUCCGCGGCGAUCAUCUCGUUGACUUCCACAUCUUUGCGGACUUGGCGCCCGAGCUACAAGAUGCUAUUUGGGAGUUUUCGUGCUAUUCGGCGCCCGAAAUCAUUCCCAUGUUCAUCAACGACCGCACCUUCAGGUUCCAGUUCAGAGAAGUACCUACUGUUCCAGCUGUACUUCAAGCAACCUCUGGCGCUCGCGCAAUUGGUCUCCGUCACUUCACCUUGGUCAAAUUCGAAGAGCUCAACCGCAAUUCUCCUCGCCAUCCUCCACAGCCUCACGCCCAGCCAGCCCAACCAACCCAACCUGUAGUCCAACCAAUCCCAUGGCAGUUUGCACCCAACCAUGUCCAAUACCUUCAGAAUCAGCCUCCAUGGCACAAUGGCAACCAGCUUCCUCAGGCGACUCAGGGACAUGGAUGGGUGAAUAUUCUUCCCGGCCCUACGCAACCGGCCCUCCCGACAGCCACUCCUCAAGCCCCGAAUCCUUUGGCACCGGCUACAUAUAGCGCUCAGGCUGCCAUUCAGGUUCAGCAUAAUCUACAACAUCAAGGCGCUAUCCACCCACUCGGACAGCAAGGUACACAAGUUCAAGGUGCUAUUCAGCCAUGGUUCCAACAUCAGGCUCUCCAGGCUCUCACAAUUGGUGGAGGUCCUCAGCAAACCACCGGCCAAUCAUUGGGACAGCAGAACAUUGCUCAACACCAGCUUAAUCAGGCGCAGAGUUCAUUGGGAGGAAGUUUCCAGUCAACAUUAACAGGACAACAAAGCUUCUCCCAGAACGUCAAUCAUUACCAGAGCAUGUACGGAGGAAGCCACCAGACAACUGCACUAGGAGGACCAAGCGUCACACACAACACCUCACAGUAUCAGAGCCCAUACGGAGGAAGCUUUCAGUCGACUCCACCAGGACAACAAAAUUCCACUCAGCACAGUUCUCAACCUCAUACCACCGGGCAACUUACCACAGUUCAAGCUUUCAACCCGCCCGCUGGUGCCGUUGCUGCAUCUGUUGCCUUUGCAGGACAUACAUCCACUGCCGUCGUUUUACACCAUAACCAUCCUCAACGGCGCGUGCUUCCGGCGGAUGAUGACUCCGACAGAUACUUCUACGUCAACCCUGGCAGUGACUGCGUCAAAUUGCAAGUCGGCACAGCUACAAGAUACCACUAUCCCACAUAUGUCCUCACGCAAUUCCCCCAAAUUUUGACUCCUGUCAGCGAUGAAGGCAGAAGCGCUUAUCUGCAACAUAUGCAACAAGCUUACACUGCGCCAACUCCAUUUCCCGGUCCUGGCAGACUUCCAGAUUUCCUUUCAAACAUUCAACAUCUUGCCGUCAAUCUCGAACUCGCUCCAUGCCAUGCAACCAUGCGAUCUGAUGGAUUUAGGAUCUGGCUGCAGAGACAAACAAAGGAUUUCUGCGAGGUAAUCGUCAAGUCUACAAUCGCAAAGUUUCCAAAGCUCAAGAACUUGGAUUUCCUCGUUGAGGGAGACUUCACUCAUCGUGCGAAUGAUCGAAUGGUAUUGAGACACUACAAACAAGCUCCCAUUCAGGAGGAAAAUGGCAUUAAUUUCGGACACGCUGAGCUGGGUCUUCUUGAGAUGGAGAUCAGAGUCUGGAUGAUGAGCGAAUAUAUGGGCAAGCAUGGACCCGAAGGCCCGGAGGUCAGAAUCGUUGUCCUUGUUCCUCAGCACUAUUCCCAAACAAAGUGGUGAUUGAAGAAUUAAGGCACUAUUCCCAAACGAAGCGGCAGUUGAAGAAUUGAGAUGUAAAAAUAGUUGAUGAUACCUUUGAGCAAUUUUUCGAAAGGAAAAGCAAGUAUGACAGCAUGGCGUUGGAUGGUGGAGCAAACUUUCAGUUUCUAGAAUACCAAGGAAUGCAAGAGCAAUGAAUAGUCAGCCUUCCAUUCCCCUUCACUUGCAAUUCGACAGCAUCGACUUGGUAGAAUGAACCGUGAUUCGACGAUAUUUGACUGGGUACAACGAAGUGCGGAAAUGUUGAAACAAUAAAUAGGGCCGGG